AUGGAUAGAAUUAAAUCGUACUUAUACCGGCGAUCUCGAUCGCAAUUGAAAAGUCGCUGGUUGAUCAUAACUACUAUCAUUUUUACUGGAAUGUUUGGCAUACUUAUUGCUGUAUUAGCACUACAAAGCUAUUGUACUGAAGCUCAACUUUUCAGUUCACCAUGGCAUUACAAAUGUACCAGCGGAUAUUGCAAGAAACAGGAGAUAACACCCAGUGUAACAUUACCGUUGUCUUUGGGAGUUUGCCAGCUAUUUUGCGGUCAAGGAGGUGCAUUGUGGCCCAAGCCAACAGGUCAUUUAUCUUUUGGUAAUUUUGUGGCACACUUAAACCCAGACAAGAUCCAAGUCCGUUCAAUAAAUCCAAAAUCAAAAGUUGGAAGUCUUUUCCAUCGUAACGUCGAGAUACUUAAAGCAAAUAUCAAAAAGCAGGCUGGAAAACUAGCAAAAUCUGGUGGGUUAAGUCUCAAUAUAAAUAUACAAGGUUUAAAAAACGAUGAUGAUUCUACUUUAACAUUAAAAACCAACGAGAAUUACACACUGGAGAUAUACCAGCCGAAUAGCGAUGAAAUAACCGCAACAAUAAGUGGAGACAAUUACUUUGGAAUACGUCAUGGUAUUGAAACAUUGUCUCAAUUGAUAGUCUUCAAUGACUUGACUAAUGAAAUUCAAGUAGUACGUGAUGUUCAUAUAACUGAUGGUCCAGUAUAUCCCUACCGUGGGGUAUUACUGGACACCAGUCGUAAUUAUAUGGAUAAAGCAUCAAUAUUAAGAACCAUUGAAGCUAUGGGUAUGUCUAAAUUAAAUACGUUCCACUGGCAUAUUACAGACUCUCAUAGCUUCCCUUAUGUCAGUCGUACGUGGCCCAACAUGUCCAGAUAUGGAGCUUACACACCUAGUAAAGUGUACAACGCUGAAGAUAUUAAAGAAAUUGUUGAAUUUGGUCUUCUUAAUGGCGUUCGUGUACUUCCAGAGUUUGAUGCUCCAGCUCAUGUAGGUGAAGGCUGGCAAUGGGUUGGCAACAACGCCACAGUGUGUUUCCGUGCUGAACCCUGGACAAAGUACUGCGUUGAACCGCCUUGCGGUCAAUUGAAUCCAGCUAGUGAAAGAGUUUAUGAAAUACUUGAGGGAAUUUACAAAGACAUGAUCGAUGACUUCAAGCCUGAUAUUUUCCAUAUGGGUGGAGAUGAAGUUAAUAUCAAUUGUUGGAAUACUUCCGAGCCUGUUCGCAAGUGGAUGAUUGAAAAAGGAUGGGAUUUGUCAGAGUUAAGUUUCAUUGAUCUCUGGGAUAUGUUCCAAAAACGAGCUUACGAAAAGUUAAAAUUAGCCAAUGGUGGCAAAGACAUACAAGUUAUUUUAUGGACAAGUGGACUUACCAGCGAAGAAAAUUUAAAACAUUUAGAUCCUGAGAAGUAUAUUAUACAGAUAUGGACUACUGGUCUUGACUUGACGAUCAAUAGAUUAAUAAAAAAUAACUUCAAAGUUAUUUUUUCGAAUUACGACGCACUUUAUCUAGACUGUGGCUUCGGAGCUUGGGUUGGCGAAGGGACAAACUGGUGCGCGCCUUACAAAGGAUGGCAAAAAAUUUAUGAAAACUCCCCUUUGAGAAUGGUCAAGAGCCAAGGGUUUGAAGAUAAAAAUCAUUUAAUUCUUGGUGGUGAAGCAACACUGUGGUCUGAACAAGUAGAUAGUACUUCGGUAGAUUCACGAUUAUGGCCUCGAGCGGCAGCAAUGGCUGAAAGAUUAUGGGCUGAGCCACAAUCAUCAUGGAUGCACGCAGAACAUCGUAUGCUUCGUCAUCGCGAACGCUUAGUUAAACGAGGAAUUUUCGCAGAUAGCUUGGAACCUGAGUGGUGUCUUCAAAAUCAAGGUCACUGUUAUUUGUAA